AUAUGAUAUAAUAAUUUAUAGAAACCAAGAGACUAUAUUAAUAUAUUAUUAUUAUUAUUAUCUGCAUAGGUUGCAGACGUAGUCUAAACGCGGUGCUAACAUAUUAAGUAAUAAUAAAAGUGUAUACCAUUAUACAAUAUCAAAUACUAAUCAUAACAUGAAGGACUUCAAAGUCAUCUCGACUGUAGCUUGGACACUGGUACUCGUGACUCAAUUGCACUUUACGGUAAUUAAAUGUACAAAAAAUAUUUUAAAUCAACAAAAUUGGUAUGCAUGUUAAAUGGAUGUCGUGGCGCACCACUGCCACGACAGCCGGGCACCACCAAUAGUGACGCCGCGGAACUCGGAGUCCAGCUCAACCAGGCAGACCGGCCACCCGACCCAUCCGCUGUCGAUUAGAUUCUCGACACUACAGACAAAAGCGUACGCCACUGCUGAUCUGUUGAGAACUAUCAUGUCAUCCAACGAAUUUCGGGAAGGUUCGAAUGCGCUGCAUCAGUUAUUGGCUGUUUUACGCCCUCUCAUCCGGGCCGUCGGAGUCAUUUCACGGCCACCUCCGCCACCACCAUCGAUCAAAAUCGAAGACGAAACCACUACCACGACGACAACGUCAACGACCCCGUCCUCUCCGAUAAUUACCUGUUCACCAGCUGUCCAAGUAUCGUCCAAGAAACUGAUGUCCUUAUUCGUCCCGGUGUAUGCCGUUCCGUCGACGACCACAUUGCGACCGUUGACUGGCACGUUACCAAAACUGUUCCGAAAGGCAGAUUCGUAGUGCGGAUAAAUAACAAAAACUUUAAAAACCGCGAAUAGUCUACCUAUUUGCAUAAUUAUUGUCAUGUAAGGUUUUACUUUCAAAAAAUUUUAUUUUAUUUUUAUUUUUAUUGUCUGUUUUUAUUUUAUUGUUUUAUUCCAACACCCACCACAAUGUUUUACAAACUUGUAGGUUAUUAAGAUAAAUACACACAUGAAGUAUUUAGUUCAA